ACAACCCAUCCUCUUUUACUCAAGAGUCACCCACUCGCCACUCCUCCUUCGCUAAGCAUAGAUUCAGCAUUGAACAGCAUUGACCUUUGCAUAUCGGCAUACGAAAGACCAGAAUCCACACACUAAUUUUCGCUCAAGAGACACGGCACAUUCGCACGACAGACACAUCCUCACACAUCUUCCCACGCACAUCUUCGGACACACUAAUUCCUCACACGCAUUGAACCUUCACGUUCCUUGGAGACUAUCUCAACAACCUCAUAACAGCAACACAUCAAGCCAAAAAGCGACGCCAAUGUAAACCAACAAAGCACAAUGAACAACAGCCCACAACAAGCGGUACCUCCGCCCUCGCCGCCGCCCUCACCCUCACCACCCCCCUCUGUCCCUCGUCGCUCCGAAGAAUCCACGACACCGGUCUUCCUCCACUCCGAGGCAUCGCAGUCGCCGUCGCAGUCGCCGUCGCAGUCGCCAUCGCCAACAAACAUGGCCCACCAGCCCUUUCCGGCAGACUACCCGAUCGACUACAGGCCGCCCACCGAACCCGAACCCGCGGCCCCAGCCGGACCUAAUCCCUUUCUUCCCCUCCCCUGCGACCUGGACCGCCCGCCUCCCACCCCGGAGUCUCCGCACAUUGCCAACUCAACCCAGCCGCUUCCGCCGCUGCCGCCUUUUCCAUCCCCGGACCUUCCUCCGCCGCCGGGACAGGACCAGGACCAGGACCAGGCUCAGCACGUCUCGCUGGAUCAGCGGCCCCCGACGCCGCAUGCCAGGACUGGGAACUCGGCUGCUGCGCGGUUUCAUCUCGCGACUGCGCUGCCGGUCCUUUUCUCUCGCGUCAGGCUUAGUCGGCGGAGUGGUGGGAGCAGUGCUGCUGCUGCUGCUGCUGGCUCUUCCACAGAUACCGCCGCCGCGGGCACAACCAUCGACGCAGACACCGACGCCGACGCCGACACAGACGCAGAUGUUGAGGCAGAUGCGGAGGCAGACGCAGAUAUAGAGGCAGAUGUAGAGGCAGACGCGGAGGCAGGAUCAAUUACAACAACAGCAGCGACAGAACUCCCCACCCCCGCCAACGCCUACACAGUCACCUGCCCCUACAACAACAACACCAUCAACAACAACAACAACAACAACAACAACAACAACAACAACGCCAUCAACACCCCGCCCCGCGGCCGCAGCACCACGCGCGGCCCCGCCCCCGCCGUUGGCGUCGCCAGCCACGACUACUUCACGCCGUUCGACGCGCAUGGCGGCGACGACGCGCACACCUCGGCCCCGACCUCCACCGCGCCGUCCAUGCACGAACUCCUGGCCUCGACCAUGCGCGCCUCGCAGGCCCUCGAGCAGGCCGGCGCUGCCGGCAGCCGUAGCCAGCUGAGCAUCGCGUCGGUGGCGUCGGCGUCGUCGGAGGCGGGGGUGCUGUCGUCAUCGCCGCUGGGGGUGCCAUCGCCUACGCUGGCAUCGACAUUGGGGGUUGGCGAUGGAGGGGUUGGGGAGAGUGCGAGUGCGAGUGCGAGUGGGACUGUGAAUGUGAGUGCCAGUGCCAGUGUGCCUGGGGGUAGGUCGCCCAGUGUGGAUGUGGCGCCGCAUCCGCGAGGGCGUGGCGGGAGAGGCAUACGCUUGCGGGAGUUUGGGAAGCGCAUUGAUGCCGUGAUGACGGGGAACGGCGGUGGUAGUGGGAGUGGGAGUGGGAGUGGUAAUACGAAUGGGGGUGAGGGAAGUAGUAGUAGUGAUGGUGGGGGCAAUACUAAUGCUAAUGCUACUGUUAAUGCUAAUGCUAAUGAUAGGAAUGGACGAGGAGAGCAGUUGCUUCCGGAUGGGAGCAGUGGCGCCGGACAGGUGGGUGCGGGCGCGGACGUGGAAGACGCGGGCAGCAAGGGGAGCGGCGGGGGAGGCAGCGAUGGGCGCAGACAUUAUUUUCGCAGGCAGCCAUGCCGCGCUUGGAGUGCGGUCGCGCUGGUUAUUACUGUUGUUGGGGUGGUGAUUGGUGUUGUGAUUCGGUUUAUUGCUUUGAGGAGUAGGUAGGUAGGUGGUUUGGUCGGUUGGUGAGCUUAGUUUCGGUUGGGGGGAGUAAUACGUGAUGGUUUGAGGAGUUGGAGUUAUGUUUGUUAGUUUGCAUCUUGUUCUAUUUGUUGUACGCGGCUUUGAUUUCACUCUGUUUGUUGCUGUCGUUGUAGCUACCAAAGAGAAACGCAGUAGUGGUAGUCUUCCUUCUUUAUAAUACAAAGGGC